UUGGUUAUUCAGCAAAGAUAUAAUUUCAGCAAGGGAAAAGCGAUAAAUGUCGCAGUAGUAGUGGACCAUAAUAAAAAAUUUCGCUGGGUGGUGGCGAAUUCCGGAAUAGACGACGAAACAGCCUUCAAACGGAGCUUGCUGUGCGCGCAAUUCAAGAACGGCGAAAAGAUGGGUUUUCUUAUUGGAGACGAUGCCUAUAAAGCCGAAUCUUUUUUGUUGACACCAAGCGGAAGCUGCGAAGAAGGAGAUCCUAAGGCUGAUGCAGUACGCAGUGCACAUAAAAUCGUUGAAGAGACCAUUGCAAGCUGGAAAUUGCAGUUUCCCAUUCUGAAUAGUGAAAUACCACUAUCUUCCAAAGUUGCGCGUAUCAUCUUGGGAACCGCUGCGCUCUACAAUCUUACAAGAGCCGAAGGAGAGGCCCUAUUCACGGUCGAUGAAGAAACCGAUCUGACCUCGUUGUUACAGUAA